AUGACAACACGUACUUCAUCAUCAUCAUCAGCAGCAUCUUCAGACAGUGAAGCAUCAGCACGUAAACGUAACUUUAGUGAAACAUCAAGAGAUGCAUCUCAAAGCGAAUCACAUGUUCAGGCCACAUCAGCAACAAAUACUAUCGAUGCUACUUCAAUUGCUGAAACAGGAACUCUACGAAGUGUUUCAUCGCCAGCAAGUCAUAUAUCAGGAACAGCUUCUGGUGGCGGUACAGCAUACGAUUCAGUUAGUCUAGCAACAACAACUAAUACAGGUUUUACAAACACUUCACAACAACAACAACAAUUGGCUAGUGGCAUUCCAAUAAUUCGACCACCUAUUUUACAACAACAAACAAGUACAGGUACUGGAGUUUUCGGACCACAACGACCCACUGGUUAUCCAACGCAACCACCAGUAGUUCCUACAAAUGCUGUUAAUCAACAACCAAUUCGAAUUGAUGUAACAGCAGCACAACAACAAUAUCAACAACAUGGACAUCAGCCUGAAAUUAGUCCUUAUACUGGUUCAACAACAUCAACAAGUGGUGGAUCUUUGUCAAGUCCUGGUACUGCUUCUAUUCAACAACAACCUCAUACAGGUACUACCCAAAACAUACCCAAUCAAGUGAAUUUGAAUAGAAUUAAUUUAAACCAUUCUCAAGAAUUUCAACAACAAACUCAAGGUGGUUUUAAUCAACCCCAUGGACAAUAUUUCCAUCAACAACAACAACAACAACAGCAGACACAACCAGCAUUUUUUCCUAAUCAAAUACCAGCUCAUCAAGUUUAUAAUGAAUUACUUGGUCCUGAUGCUUUUAAAGAUGUUAUUUUAGAUAUUGAUUAUGGAGCUAUGGGAGGAUUUAAUGCUGCUUUUUCAUCAGGUAGUGAUUUUUCCGGUGGACAAUUACCACCUGGUAUUAGUGUUCGUCCAGCAUAUACAACAGUUGAUUCUCUUAAUUUUCAACAACAUAUGUUUAAUACAGCACGAACAACACAUGCAGGUGGUGAAAAUUUUAAUUUUAAUUUUGGUAGUACUGGUAUAGACAGUAAUAUAGGUGGAACUGGUGAUAUUUUUGGUGGACAACAAUUUGAUGUUGCUAAAGCAAUGUUUAAUCAAGCUGAUACAAAUCGAGAUGGUUCAAUUAGUCGAGAUGAAUUUCAACAAUGGGCUCAAGGUGGACAACAAAAUAUUGGUGGACAAUCAUAUUCAACAACAGCUAAUUAUCAAACAAAUGUACCAAGUUAUACUGGUAGUAAUGAUGGUUUUUAUCAGGCAACUUUAUUUGAUGGAGCAGAUCCAACUAUAGCUAAUAUUCUUCAACAAAGUGGACUUGGACAAGUUGUACCUAAUCAAUAA